UUUAUGACACUUGACCGGGAGGCGGGAGGUUAUACCGUAAAUAUGGCGCUCGCCAUUACUUGAGGACGACGCGAGACGCGACGUCAACUACGCGACACUGGGGAUCCGUUGUGUUCCGCAACGUUCCGCGGAUUUUAUCGUCGGCUUCCAGGAGGGGUCCAAGAUGCGGUCAGGUCACUGCCGACGUCGCGCAGCUAAUUCAUGUCGCGAUUUUGCACGGUUUGAAGCAUAGAACGCGACGUCGAGGCGACGCGAUGAAAUCCGUAUACAAGUUGUUCCUGCUGUGCCUUAUCCUCGCCGCGCUGAUAAUCCUGCUCAACGUGACCGCCAAUUUCUCCAACAAGGUAUACGACCAGCCGGCCGCGAGCAGGGAACGCCUGGCGCUCACGAGGAAGUCGUCCCCGGGUGGCGCGUCCGCGUCCGCGGGCGAGGUGACGAUAUGCGUGGUGGUGUGCGGGGACAGGCUGCACGAGGCCCUGACCAUGCUGAAAUCGGCGCUGGUCUUCGCCAGCAGGCCCCUGCAGUUCGUCAUACUGGCGGAGCAGAAUCUGAUACCGGCCUUCAGCGAGAAGCUGUCGGAGUGGCGGCUCAUAUCCAAUAAGACCUUUGACUUCCUGGUGCGGCCCAUCACCUUCCCGGACGGCAGCGACGUGGCCAUGUGGAAGAAGCUGUUCAAGCCCUGUGCGGCGCAACGAUUGUUCCUACCGACCGUGCUGAACGACACAGACGCGGUGCUCUACGUGGACACGGACACCCUGUUCUUGGCGCCGCCGGAGAAGGUCUGGGACGAGUUCAGGAAGAUGAACGCCAGCCAGCUGGCGGCCCUUAGUCCGGAGCACGAGGAUCCCAACACCGGCUGGUACAAUCGAUUCGCCAAGCAUCCGUAUUACGGCAAGCUCGGCGUCAAUUCCGGGGUGAUGCUGAUGAAUCUGACGAGAAUGAGGGAGUUCCGGUGGACGGAAUACGUGAUUCCCAUUCACAAGGAGUACAGACUGAAGAUAACCUGGGGCGACCAAGAUAUCAUCAACAUAAUAUUCCAUUAUCAUCCGGAGAAGCUGUACGUUUACUCGUGCCGUUACAACUAUCGGCCGGACCACUGCAUGUACAUGUCGGUGUGCGCGGAAGCGGAGAGGGAAGGCGCUCUGGUGCUGCACGGCUCGCGCGGCACGUUCCACUCGCAGAAACAGCCGCCCUUCAAGGCGGUCUAUCGGGCCAUGCAGGAGUACCAGCUGAACACGGACCCGUACGACGAGCUGCUCGUGCCGAUGAGGAAUUACCUGGCGAUGGAGGACAAGUCUAACUGCGGCCACGUCUCGAAGGUGUUCAUCAUCCAGCCGGAGCUACAUCUGGCUGCCCGUAACUUCUAAAACUUUCUCACUCGAUCGUGAACGAAAUUACGUACUCGCGCGAGCGAGUUUUGUCUUUGUAUCUUUUUUAUAAAACUUUUUAGAUGCUCGUUUUUGUUGAUUGAGAUAUGGUUAAUUGACAUGCGGAUAUAUUGAAGCAAUAACGAAUAGGGUGUAAGCAUUCGUAUACGUAUUUCGCGAAGUCACUUUCGGCCGUAAACGUAAUAUUAUCUGCGUUCUUCCCGUCUCGGAAUUCUCUUAAGAGAGAUUUUAGACCCUAAAAAUACUUAACUACAUAAAUACUUAUAUAUACAUACUUACGUGCGUACUCUUAACACAUUAUGGAUUGGAAUACUUGAAGAAAUUAAAAUAUAAGGGGCCAUCGUGAUGUAUGUAAGCAUCCUGCUUCGUUACAUCUUUAUGAGACCAUGUACUGUAAUUUCGCGAUACGUAAACAAAAAUAAUACGACGUAUACAAAUUAUACCAAUUAACGUUAUCCGAUCGUAUAUGUUCGCGGGCAACUAUACGAAUUUACGCGGCCCGUCCACAAUGUGUUAAGUCAAAGAGUCUAGACUCUUGAGAGAUUCGCGAAGCGUAAUUCGCGCGCAAAUUAGAGAGUAUAAACGUGUUAAUUUCCAAGCGAUUCCAUAUAGACUGAACUUUUUCUAUAGUGCAUUUGAGUUUUUUUGUUGACAAGUGCGCUAUGUUGUUACUGUUUGUACGAGGUGCGAUGCGGCGAAUAUGUUGUUAUGCAAUAUUUAUCCGAUAUACCUUUGGACAAUACUCGAGCGGUGCUGGGCGAUCGGCGCUUAUCUUUGGAGUACUCGGCCCUUAGGCAAGAUAUUAUCUCUCGCGAUAUCGCUACGUUGGAUACACUUGACGAAAGAGAUGCUGUCAUUUUCCUUGAUAUUCGAGGUUUCCACGAUAUUAUUAAUAUUAUUAUACUAAUAAUAAUGGAAAGAGUGAAACUUGAAAGAAGAAAUCCAUCGUUAAUCGUCGAUUUUUCCGUUUACACAGGCCCCACACGUGCAAUCUGUCGGAGAUAAGCCCUGAUCGCGACGCGGGACCACUUUGAUAGUGGCUCGCGUCCGGUUUCGAAAAUAUCUCAAAUCGGAGAAUGAAUCUGUUUCUUUAUCCCUAGGAAAAAUAUAAUAUUGGAGUAUACUAUAUUUUCAAAAUAAGCGUCUCGAAUUUUAACGGGACAGUAAUUGAUAAUUGGUAAGUAUGAGUAUAUGAAUUAUAGUAUUAUAUACGUAUAAUGAAUUGAAAUUCCGGCGAGAGUGUUCACAUUUUUACAAAUUUCCCACGAUCUUUUGUACGGUUUUGUACGAUACGCAUUUUGCAUCGUUGCAACGACUCGACGAUACGAUGCCAUUUGUGAUAAUUUUCUUAUAGGUAUUGUACAAUGAAGCUUAAAUAAAAGAUCUGUCUAAAUAUA